AUGAAUGUAUCAUACAGAGAUAAUGUUACCGAACGUUUGAGAUCAGAAGAAUUUGAUGUCGAGUUAAUUAAUUCGCUAACAUUUAGACAAGGGGACGGUGGUGUUGUAACAAUCAAGUCACCUUUUGAAGAAAAAGCAAAGGAGCUUUGGGUAAUUAGCCACUAUAAGGUUGCUAACAUUGAGAAUGUACCAGUAAAAGACAGAUGGAAGUUCAGUGAAGCUACUUGUUUAAUAUGCGAACGUUCAAAAAACAAAAACACAAUAUCUGAAACUCAUAAUUGUUUUUUAAAUUUGAAAGGAACAUCAACUGGUAUGGCAUCUGACGCUAUAGCUGAAGGUUUUGCGAAGAGUAUUGAAAUGCAUGGUCUAAUAUAUAAUAAACUUAUAGGGGAUGGAGAUAGUUCAGUGUGUAAGCGACUUCAUCAAACUUUACCAUAUGGGCCAAAAUUAUUAGUAGAUAAAAUUGAAUUUCGCAACCACAUAUUGAGAAAUCUUGGUCAAAAAAUAUCUCAAUUAACCAAAAAUACUAAAUAUCCAGGGCACUUACGUAAUUUAUUAAAUCAGAAACAAAAAUGCAAUAAAUUUCGAACAGCCAUAACUAUGGCUAUUCAGCAUAGAAAAUCGCUAAAUGAUAGUGAAGUAAAUAAAAUUAAAGGUAGUUAG